GUUGUAACAGCGCCCUCUAACGAAAUAAUUGAUAGCGCUUGCUGCUGAUUUGAUAUGAUAUAUGAUAUGAUAAAGUUCAGACCCAGGAGCUACGAUAUAAGAUCUGUUUGAAAAGUCAUUUUGGAGCCAUGGGGAAGUAUGCAAUAGCUUUGAUCAUCGUAGCGAUUGGAAUCUGUACUGCUGAUGGUUUCUAUGGUGAUGGAGUGACAUCACACAAGCAGAGUGGUUCAUCUACCUUCACUGCUGCAGUGUAUCAACAUGCUGUUCGUAACUGGUUCCUGCCAAACAUCACACAUCAAGAAGCAUUGGCACUAAUGAAUACAAAUGUUGAUGUCUAUGAAAUACAAGUACAAACUGCUUCUUCCAAGGGAGCCUCAGUGAUUGUUUUUCCCGAGUACGGAAUCACUGGUUUCCAGUUGUCACAUCAAUCCAUCAUUCCCUUCCUGGAGUAUGUUCCAAACCCUUACAAGACCCUUGUUAACCCUUGCAUUCAAACACAAUUCAAGAACUCACCCAUUUUACAUCGGCUCAGCUGCCUUGCUCGUAAGCAUUCCAUUAUUAUUGUUGCUAACAUGGCAACGAUGAUGCCUUGUACAAAAAGUCAGGAAGACCCGGACUGCCCUACUUGUGGCAUGUAUAGGUACAACACUGAUGUCGCCUUCAGUGCCGAUGGACAACUUCUCGCUAAAUACAAUAAGGAACACCUCUAUGGAGAAGAGUUACUCAUGUUCCAACCAGGCAAGGGCCUAGACAACUUGGCAGUCUUCAAAACUGACUUUGGAGUCUUUGGUCUCUUUACCUGUUUUGAUAUGUUAUUCAAAAAUCCUGCUGAGUCUCUCCUUGAUAGUCUUGGAGUGACAAACAUGAUUUUCCCAACAGCCUGGAUGAAUGAACUUCCACUGCUUAGUGCUGUAGAGUAUCAAGAAGCAUGGGCUAUUAGAUUUAAUGUCAAUCUGCUGGCUGCAAACAUACAACUGCCUAUUGCCUUGAUGACAGGUGGAGGAUUGUAUGCCGGUACAAAGGGUGCCAUUAUGUACCACCAUGACAUGGCUGACUUUAAAGGUACACUCUUAAUUGGGAAGUUGCCAGUACACUCAACAAGAACACCAAAGAUGAACAGUAAAACUUUUAAAGUUCUCACCAACCAAGUCAGAAAUCUUACUCCAGAGGAAUUUCAGACAGUAUCUCCCAUCAUCAGAAGGAUCCUAAAAAGUAGUGCUCAAUUAUCAAGUGAAGUCUCAAAACCUUAUGAUUUCUCAGUCCAAUUCAAAUCAGUCACCACAUCCACCAUGAAGUCAUUUUCUUCAAUGAUGAAUCAUGACCCUUACACAUUUGUCCUCCUAACUGAGAUUACUAAGAGUUUAUCUGUGUGUAAUGGCUCCCUUUGUUGUCAUCUGAAUUACACCUUUUCCUCAACCUCUUUUGGCAAAGAAAUGUUUGCAUUGGGUGUUUUCAAUGGUCUCCACAAACACAAUGGUCAAUAUUAUGUCCAGACGUGUGCACUGGUCAAAUGCAAGUUUAACAUUCCAUCAAGUUGUGGGGCAGAAACUGUUCAAUCUAACACUCGAUUUGAAAGUUUCAGUUUGACCAUCACUGGAUUUAACCAGAACACUUUUCUUUUCCCAUCGGUCUUGACGUCAGAUAUUCGUUUGGCAGUGAUCCGUAAUGACUGGGAAACAAACUUCCCUUUUAAUCAUAUCUGGAGUGAAAAUGGAACCCAUGGCUUUCUUCUUACAGCAAGUAUCUUUGGCAGGUGGUAUGACAAAGAUUAAUAUUUACCAUAUAGCCAUACCCCAAUCUCAUUGUUUCAUCACUGCCCAGGUGUAGUGGUUUCAGUUUCUCAAAUGAAAUCAUUUGGCCAACAUAAGAUCAAUGAAAUUUAUAUGGCAUUUUACACAAGUGUAUGUAAACGUAUUUGGCAUGUUUGGUAUAAUAAUUGGAUCCACUAAAAAGGAAAGUUUUGGGUCCAUAUGUGAAAAGCUUAUUUUAUACUAAUUUUGUUUCUCGCCGCUGAUUGCUUGAUGAGAUUUCCAUCAAGAUAAAGAAUAAGGCAGUGUUCUUGAAUACGCAAGUGCAUACCCAUCGUGUACCACUCUGGAGGGAGACUAAAAACUCCUUUUUUGGUUGCAUCAUGUUUAUUAAGUGCACAUGUUCAACAUGAUGUAAAGAGCAGAAAAGGACUAUUGUGUGCCAUGCUGAGUAUGUUAACAUCUCCAAUUGUCUUUAUUAAAGAUGUGUAUGUACUAUAAGGUGUAUGAAAGUACAUGUAUGUCGAUUUUGUAUUUGUCUUUGUUAACUGUUGGGUUCUGUUCACCAUACACGACCUUGUGUCUAAAAAGACCUGUGUAUGACGUCACAUUAGAGGGCAUUUCUUUCUUCCUCUGGGAUAGGCUCAAGUAAACCUUUUGUGCUUUUAUCAUCAUUAAAUCUGCAUGUAAAUAAGUGUUCUCUGUAAGGGCACUCCACGCAGGCCCUCUGUACUUGUACAUACUGGUCACACUCGCUCCGAGUGUUUUUUAAUAUUAAAUUUUUGACCAAAGGUGGAAGUCUCAAUAUGCAUGAGGUCACUUUGGCGAAAAAAAUUCAGGUACCAGGUGAAGUUACUAUAGCAUCAAUGCACUUGUAAGCAAAUUAUUAUGUUGUUCUCUGUUUAUACUUGGCAUUCCACAAUUGAAGCAACAAUGAGUUUGAUGUCAUGUUCAUGAAUACAUUGUAUUAACCAGCCCUUCUAACUGCAGCUUGUAAAUACAUUGUAUGCAUACUGAGAUUUGAAACCUUUGUUUUAUGAAUUGACAUAGUAAGGCCUCAAUGAACAUGACUUCUGAGAUUGGACAUGGCUGAUUGUUUUUAAAUCAUUCAAACAUUAUAAUCAAUACUGUGUUUUUAUAAUUGGUCAAUUAUCCAAUGUAAAUGAAAUAUUAAAGAGAAAAAUGAAAUGUUUAUACUUUUUUAAGCUAAAUAUUAAAAUAAAUUGCAACAAAAUGGAAAGUGAAUAGA